AUGCCGCCAAAACGCAUGACAGCAAACCCACUGGCGCCUCUGCGCUACCGCCCAGGAAAAGCCGUCGGUCAGGACGAAUCCUCAUCCUCAGAAGAAGAAUCCGGCUCCGACUCAGAAAACGAGCAACAACAGCAAAGCAAAACAACAACAACCGCACCUCCAAAAGCCACAUCUUUCCCUAAAUUCAACUCCAAUAUCAGCAAAGCCGAGCUUGAGCGACGGAGACAGGAAGCCCAAGCCUUGCGAGCACGCGAAGCAGAGCUAGCGCAAAAAGCACAAGAAGGCUUCGAGACGGCUUCUGAGAGCGAAGAAUCUGGCAGCGAUGAAGAGUCUGGAUCUGACGAAGACGAGGAAGACGACGAGUCGGAAGAGGAAGCACCAACCCGUAAAUUCGUCGCACCGACUUUUGUCUCAAAAGCACAACGCAAGACCGUCGCAGCGCCAAAGCAGAACGAGGAAGACAUAGCAGCAGAAGAGGAGCGCAAACGCAAAGAAAAAGCCGACGCUUUGCUUCAAGCACAAAUCGAAAAAGACGCUGCAGCACGAGCGGCAGGUCGCAGAGCUUGGGACGACGAAGACCCAGACGCCAUCGAAGACGUCGAUGACACAGACAACCUCGACCCAGAAGCCGAGCUCGCAGCCUGGAAACUGCGAGAACUGCGCCGUGUCAAGCGCGACCGCGAAGCCAUCGAAGCCGCCGAAAAGGAACGCGAAGAGAUCGAACGACGACGCAACUUGACAGCCGAACAGCGAGAAGCAGAAGAUGCAGCUCACAUCGCCGCGCAGAAAGAGGAAAAAGAAGGAAGAGGUCAAGCGGGCUUCAUGCAGAAGUACCACCACAAGGGCGCCUUCUUCCAAGACGACGAGCAACUGGCAGAGAUCUCGAAACGCGACAUCAUGGGUGCCAAGUUCCAAGACGACUCUGGCAAUCGUGAGAUCCUGCCGCAAUACAUGCAGAUCCGCGACAUGACAAAACUGGGAAGGAAAGGAAGGACGAAAUACAAAGAUCUCAAAGCCGAAGAUACUGGACGCUGGGGUGCCGAUGAUGGAGACAGAAGAGGUGGUCCAGAUUAUGGAGGUGACAGGUAUCGAGACAGAGAAGGGGCCACUGGAGCAAAUGCUUCUAUUGUUGGCGAGCGGCGACGAAGAGACGAUGAUCGUGGUGGCCGCGAUGAAAAGAGGCCUCGCUACGAUUGA